CCCCUUCCGAUCGUCGAGCUGUCUUUCUCUCUCUUUCUUUCUUCCUGGACAAUCACUCCUUUGCCCUUCUUCAUACACACGAGCCAACCGACAUGAUUGCGCCCCGACUCGUCGCGACGUCGUCGGCUGCCGCGGCUGCCUCGUCGUGCUCGAGGUCUGCUGUCCGGCCUCGCGUCUCGCUGAUGGCCUCUUGCUCCACAGGAGCCGCUAGUGGCAGCAGCAGCAGCAGCAGCGGCAGCAGGAGCCUCCGAAUUGCACGGCUGUCCUCUUCCGCAUCAUCAGUCAGCAAGCGGCGACAGCAGCAGCAGCAGCAGCAGCAGCAGGCGCGCGCGCUGAGCACGAGCGCACCGCUGCGACAGGCCUCCGAGGCGGAAGACUUUGACCUCUCGCAGGUCGAGCGCGCCACCGACGAGGCCGACGUCGUCAUUGUCGGCGGCGGGCCCGCGGGCCUGUCUGCCGCGAUCCGAAUCAAGCAGCUGGCCCCCGAGGAGACGCGCGUCGUCGUCCUCGAAAAGGCCGGCGAGGUCGGCAACCACAUUCUGUCGGGCGCCGUGAUCCAGACGAAUGCGCUCGACGAGCUCCUGCCCGACUGGCGCGAGCGUGGUGCGCCCCUGAACCAGGCCGCCACCGAGGACCAGAUGCGUUUUCUGACGGAGCGCGGCAGUUUCCCCAUGCCCCACCCGCCGCAGAUGAGCAACAAGGGCAACUACAUUGUCAGCCUCUCGCGCUUCACCGCCUGGCUCGGCGAGCAGGCCGAGGAGGCCGGCGUCGAAAUCUACCCGGGCUUUGCCGGCGCCAAUGUCGUCUGGCACGAGGAUGGCCAGGGUAACAAAGUGGGCAUCAAGGGCGUCGUCACAAACGAGAUUGGCCUCUCGAAGCAGGGCACGCCCAAGGACACGUUUGAGCCCGGCAUGGAGUUCCACGCGCCCAUCACCCUCUUUGCCGAGGGUGCCCACGGGAGCCUGUCGGAAAAGAUCAUCAAGGAGCUCGGCCUGCGCGAGGCCGUGGGUGCGGACCCGCAGACGUACGGCCUGGGCAUCAAGGAGGUGUGGAAGGUUAAAGAGGAGAAGCACCAGCCAGGCCUCGUCACCCACACCCUUGGCUGGCCACUCGACUUCAAGACGUACGGUGGCAGCUGGUGCUACCACAUGGAGGACGGCAUGGUCUCCAUCGGCCUCGUUGUUGGUCUUGACUACCAGAACCCGUACCUGUCGCCGUUCCGCGAGUUCCAGCGCAUGAAGCACCACCCCUUCUUUGCCGACCUGCUCGAGGGCGGCGAGUGCCUGGCCUACGGUGCCCGUGCGCUCAACGAGGGCGGCUACCAGUCGAUUCCCAAGCUCAACUUCCCAGGCGGUGCGCUGCUCGGCUGUGCUGCUGGCUUCCUCAACGUGCCCAAGAUCAAGGGCACGCACAAUGCCAUGAAGAGCGGCCUCGUCGCCGCUGAAUGCGUCGUCGAGGCGCUCCAGAAGCGCGGCGAAGCAAGCGCAGAGGAGCCCAUCGACCUGACCGACUACCGGGCCAAGCUCGACGACACGUGGGUCAUCAAGGAGCUCAAGGAAGUGCGCAACCUCCGGCCCUCGUUCCACAACCCCCUGGGCCUCUGGGGCGGCGUCGCCUACUCGGGCCUCGACAGUCUCAUCCUCAAGGGCCGCACGCCCUGGACCUUCCACCACGCCAAAGAGGACCGGUAUUUCACCAAGCCAGCCUCUGAAUCAGAAAAGAUCGAGUACCCCAAGCCGGACGGCAAGCUCUCCUUUGACAUUCUCACCAGCGUCAGCCGCACGGGCACCAACCACACCGAGGACCAGCCGGUGCACCUGCACGUCAAGCAGGGCGACUACGUCGGCCACACGCAGCGCAACGUCGGCAACUUUGACGGCCUGCUCGCGCGCGCCUGCCCCGCGGCCGUGUACGAGUACCAGGACGCAGAAGAGGCAGGGGGUAAAGAGGAUGCGCUGGGGAAAAAAUUUGUGAUUAAUAGCCAGAACUGCAUCCACUGCAAGACGUGCAGCAUCAAGGUGCCCGAUGCCAGCAUCGAGUGGCGCGUCCCCGAGGGCGGCGGUGGGCCCAAGUACUCGCUCACGUAGGCUUUCUCUAUACACACGCUCUCUCUCUUUCUCGUUCGUCAAUCACAUGAUGUACUGUGUUUCUUUUCUGGCUGUUGAAUGCGCAAUAUUGUAAUCACCGUC